AUUAGUUUCUUUAUGUUAGGUUGUGGUAUGUUGCUGAUCACCAACGUGACGAACGUAACAGUUAUCUGUAUAAUAAUACAUAAAAAAAUUGCAAUGAUCAAAUUAGUGUAACAAAUUGUAAAUCGUGAGAAAUGGAGGAAGAUAUUGACAUAUACGCGGAUUUAACAAAUUUCGAUCUGACGAAAUCUAACAUAAAUGAUCAACCAAAAACUGAUCAUACUUGCAAUUGCGAAGAACUAAAGAAGAAGUUUAAUUCACUCACUAGCAAAUAUGAAAGUAUUGAAGAGAUUAAUAAAAAUUUGGAGAAAAAUCUAGCUUCCUUGUUAAAAACGGCAAAAGCAGAAAUUGCACGGAAGGAUAAGAUGAUACAAGAACUUAGAAAUCAAUUGGACGACACAGUCUUUAGAAGAAACAGAUCUCAAUGUUUCUCCAAAUCAUUGCAACAACAUAACACAAUGAUAGAAAAGUCUGAAAAUAUUCCUUUAGCAAAAUUAGAAGAAGAUGCUGUUAUGUUGCAGCAAAGUGAAUCACGUUAUACUGAAUACAAAAGCAGAAAGCAGCAGAAUAAUACAAAUCAAAUGCCAGCCACGAUAUUUGGAGAGAGAUUAUACAAGAAAAUUAUGGAAGAAAAGGAAGAAAGGAGACUGAACUUACCAAAGCUUGGCUCAGAGACUAAUGUAAAUAAAAUCCCUGAUGAGUGCAUUGUCGAAAGUGAUAAAGAGAAUGGAUCUCAAUUCAGUAUAAAUAAUGUUAAUGAAUUUAAUACUAUCAUUCAAAUUUCUAAUUCAGAGACUUCAUAUAAAAAAAACUCAGCAAAAAGACUGAAUGAGAAGGAUGAUACAUGUAAGAACAAGCGUUUAAAGAUUGAGGAUAAUCAAAACAAGGGUGAUGAUAUCGAUUACAAUCAUGCAAUUAUGCAAUACGAUAUAAAGGAUGAUUUCACGAAAUUGGAAGAAUUAUAUUUCACGCAUUCUUCUAAAAGAGAUUAUCUUGAGAUGAAUCGAAGAGCCAGUUCGGAAUACAGUGGUACGAAACAAGCACAAAAGUGUAGAAAUGAGUGGAAAAAGCAGGAGGAAACCAGUUCAAUGAAGGAUUAUGAUAAUUCUCGUACCAGGAAAGGAUCUAUCGAUAGCUCAAGAAAUCGGGGUGCUUCGACAUCGAAUGAAAAGCUUAACAGCGACUAUCAUCAUGAUGAUUACAUCAACGGUCACAGAAAGAAUCAUUACAGACAUGGUUCGUCGAGUUCUAGGAGUUAUUCUAAGAGCAGAAGUGAUUACGAGAGCAGUCAUCGUUUACGUGAGAAAUCAAGUAGGACAUGUAGAGAUAGAAGGUACGACGAUUAUAAAUAUGAUAGUCGACAUAGGAACGAUAGGUCGAGAAGAAGCUACGACAGCAGAGAAACUGGUGUUAGGACAAGGUACAGUGAUAGAGAGCGCGGCGAUUUGCGAGAUAGAUUAAAACAUACCAUGAACGACGUCGAAGACAAAGAAAGUAGAAGUGGUUCGUAUAAAAGUAACAGAUACGAUAAUCGCAGACCAAAAGAGACGGCAGCGACUACAUCGGAAGAUAAGCGAUCGUACAAAGAUGAUAAAGCUGUAGUAGAAAACGACGAUUCUCAAACGUCUUCCAAUCAAAUAUUUGUACAUGUUAUUAAAGUAAAGAACAGUCACGGAGAAAGUAUCGAACAGCAUAGCGCAAAGAAUGAAACACGUGCACUUGUGAGUUCUGCAGAAAGCACGUCGGGAUAUGCUACUAAAAACAGCAGUAAUAUGGAGGAGGGCGAGAUUUCGAGCAGUACCGAUUGUAGCCCCAAGAAAGAAAGUGAUUCUACAAAAAUUUCCAUGGAUCAAGUAAUAAAGGGAGAAAUCGGUGCUAAUGCCACAGAAAUUACUCAGGUCGAAGAUGCAAGCGGGAAUACGGCCGUGGAUCAACAAGCGGAUCAUGUUAAAUCGAGAGAUCUAAUUCCUCAUAGCAGUACCGUUACGAAGCAGUUGGAAGAAGCGGCGGAAAUUGAUACGAAACAGACUGAAUCAGCGACGUCUCUUUCAGAAGAAAAUGCGGAAAAUACAAUUCACGUGGAUACGAUGCAGUUAAAUUCAGCUGGCGAACACGUGACCGACGAGAUGUACGAUUUUCUCAAUCUCGAUAUGAGUAAACUAUUUUCUUAUGGACCUGCACCGCGUUCUGUUCAAGAUCAUAUCGAACCGAGAGAGUCAUCGCCAGUGACCUUAUAUUUUAAUCAAAAUAUUGAACGUAACAAUAACGGUGAUAGCGACUGUCAAAAUUGCGUCGAUGAAAAUUUAAGAGAUUACGCUAGCGAUAGCUCUGUCAGACUCGAGGAGAUGUACGAUUUCAAUAACGAAAAUAACGUUAGAAGCGAAGAGAUCGGCGAUGUUUACGCCGAAGGCACUGUUGAAAUUGACACAGAAAAUAAUCCUGAAACCGAUAAUAAUGUUCAUCAAACUGAUGUUGAAGACGUAAAAAGUACCAUUUCUAAAGACGCUACGCAAGCCGAAACUGUGCUUGACAGCGUUGAUACAAAUCAGGUAUCUGGUGAAAACGAGAGUUCCCAUCAAAUACCUGAUAAUAACAACGCUGAGGCGAGUCGUACAUGCCUCGAUGAUCAUAAUUAUGUUCGAGAUACCGUUAUCGAUUCUCCUAAUUUCAACGCUGUAUCUAGCACUUCAGAAUGUCCCGAAGUCGCGUCGACUACUACAACAGCGAAGGAAACUGAAACGGAAGAAGCCAACGUUCAGUCAGUUGACACGAAGAAGACAUCCACGGUGAAGAAUAAGAAGGACCAGAACAGCAAAGCGGUAGUAGUUUUGCGUCGUCGAAAAGUCGUUACAUUGAGCGACAGUAACGCAUCUAUGACUGUCUUGAUAAAUACGGAUUCGGUGAGAUCACCCUUUGUUGCUGAUAAUUCUGAUAAGAGUGACUCUGUGUCGAAGCCGCGAGCAUGUAAGCUCGUGCGCGCUGUAAAGCCUCUCUGUAAAUAGUUAUCUCAGCUAUAAGCCAUAAUUUAAUUAAUAAUUAAUUUACAUCUUUGUAUAUAAUAUUAAUAAAGCUAUGGAUACAUGUGUGAAUA